AUGGAGAAUCAUCAGGUUGAUGGUGAUGUCUCAGUUGAUAAAGGGAAAAGGGUAGUAUCAGAGUUUGAUGCAUCAGACAGUAAAUACGAACCUGAUUGUGAAUGUAGUGAGUAUGAUACGUUGGUUGACAGUGAUUAUGAAAGUGAGUAUGAUGACAUGUUAUAUGAUAGUUAUGUUGAUAAUGAAGCUGAAUGGACUGAAGGAAACCAAGGUGAAGUGAGCCAAGGUGGAGAGAGCCAAGCUGCUGUUAUCCAAGCUGGAGUGAGUCAACCUGCUGUGAGCCAAUCUAAUGUGAGCCAAGGUGGAGGGAGCCAAGCUGCUGUGAAAGGAAGGUCUUGCUUUGAACAGGUUGUUUGUGUAGUCAACAAUAUUUACAGGGAUUUAUGGAUAUGCCCUAACAGUGCUGUGGCUUUUCUGCAUUGGUAG